CCGAUGACUGAUGCCGCACGUUGCCCGACCGACGCGCCCGGUGCCGGAGCUCCGCGCCGCCGCCUCCUUCUCCCGCAGCGCCUCGGCCGGCCGCGGUCCCGUCGCCUCCGGGCGGCUCGCACCGAGCUCGCGAGCGAGAGGUUCUUGUGAGAUUGGUGAAAAUUAAGCCUACAUUCCAGGGAUGCAAGAGGAGCAACAGCCUGAGGCUGCUGCAGAUCCAAUGUCUUCCUCUGACGUACCAGAAGAUGGCCCAAAGGAAACGUCAAGUGUAUCGCAGAGUAUCUCUGAUGCAGACGCAUUUAAAAUUCUUCUGGAGAUGAAGAUGAAGAAGAGGCAGAAAAAACCUGCCUUACCAAGCACUGUGACUGAGCUCGACACCGAGGACGGUUCUAAAGUGUACGUGGUUGGAACAGCCCACUUCAGUGACAGCAGCAAAAAGGAUGUAGUGAAGACAAUACAAGAAGUGCAGCCAGAUGUGGUUGUGGUGGAACUGUGCCAGUACAGAGUUUCUAUGUUAAAGAUGGAUGAGAAGACUUUACUAAAAGAAGCCAAAGAAAUAAAUCUGGAGAAACUUCAGCAAGCUAUAAAGCAGAAUGGAGUCAUGUCUGGACUGAUGCAAAUGCUGCUUCUGAAAGUGUCUGCUCACAUCACAGAACAGCUGGGGAUGGCCCCAGGAGGGGAAUUCAGAGAGGCUUUCAAAGAGGCUAGUAAAGUACCUUUCUGUAAAUUUCAUCUUGGGGACAGACCCAUCCCUGUUACAUUUAAGAGGGCGAUUGCUGCACUUUCUUUCUGGCAAAAAGUCAAGCUUGCCUGGGGCCUUUGCUUCCUAUCUGACCCAAUCAGUAAAGAUGACGUGGAAAAAUGCAAACAGAAGGAUUUACUGGAGCAGAUGAUGGCAGAGAUGAUUGGAGAAUUUCCUGAUCUUCAUCGAACAAUCGUCUCGGAACGGGAUAUUUACUUGACCUACAUGCUGAAGCAAGCAGCAAAGCAGAUAGAACUACCUCGGGCUUCAGAAACUGAACCUAGGAAAUACAUCCCUGCUGUUGUAGUUGGUGUGGUUGGGAUGGGUCACGUACCUGGAAUUGAAAAGAACUGGAACUCUGACUUAAACAUUCAGGAAAUAAUGAGUGUGCCUCCUCCAUCAGCUUCAAGUAAGAUUUUCAAAUUUGUCAUAAAAGCAACAGUUUUUGGACUGAUGGGUUAUGGCUGCUACCGAAUAGGUCAAAGGACGGUUCAGUUUAUUCUCUCGAUGCCAGCAGCACAAAGCUAUCUUCAGAAGCUGACAGAAAUACGGUCUCAGCAUUGAACGUAAGCGGAGGCACAACGUGAAGAAAGUGGCUGAGAAAGGCGAUGGAGGCAACAAAUGUGAAAGAAGAAGGAAAUGAGGAUUCUACUCAGAGGCGAUGGGUGUGGAGCAAAGCUGAAUUGCUGUAUAAUAAAAGAUUUGAUACUGAAUUUA